AUGAUCGAACCAGAUGAUAAAAAUAAUUUAAACAUUGGAUCUUCAUCAGAAAGAGGAGAAUCGGUAAAUAAUAGUAAUAAUAAUGUUCCAAAUAAACAAAUUGGCAGUGUUUUAGGUGAUUCAUAUGGAUCAAAUACUUCAAGUGAUGAAUACCAACACAAUAGUAAUAAUAGUAGUAGUAGUAAUAGUAAUAAUAACGACGAUUCUAUAAAUAAUAAAAAUAUUAAAAGAGCAUUAUAUAAAUUAGAAGAGGAAGAUGAAAAUAGUAGUGGUGGUGAACAAUCAUCGAUUUUAUAUAGCAAAAAGAAAAAUAAAAACAAAUAUUCACAUUUAGACGAAGAGGAUGGUGAAGAAAGUUAUGAAGAAAUUACAUAUAACCAUAAUACCAAAGAGGAUGAUGAGAGUAAUAUUCCUUUAAAGGAGGAUGUUUGCACCGAUAAAAACCAUAUCCAUUAUUCUCCACACGAAGAAAAAACUCAUAACAACUAUGUUUUAACAACUUAUGAUAAAAUUCCACCUUAUUUACAGGGUAACGAGUUUAUUGUUUCGGGUUAUAGGGUAAAUUUUUCAUAUAAACUUUGUAUUAAAAAUUUGUUGGGUACAGUUUUAUUUUUUAUUUUAAUGAUUUAUACAUUAUCUUCCAAAUUACAUCAAGAUGCAACACCAACAGACAGAUUUGUUUUCAGUAUCUUUUUUAUUUGUGCACAGGCUCAAAUGUUAUUUUCAACAUUAUUCCAUAUUUUCUCUUCAGUAUCUGGUAAAACAUAUCUUUGGAUGGCCAGAUUGGAUUAUACAGGUAUUAGCUUAAUGAUAGUAGGAUCACAUUUUCCACCAAUAUAUUAUGUUUUUUCUUGUCAAAAAGGUUGGGGUACUUUUUAUUUAUGUUUAAUUUCGAUUAUGGGUAUCGUUGGUGUUGCUGUUGGAAUGAUCCCAAUUUUCCAGACCUAUGCUUUCCGUACUUUUAGAACCUUAUUCUUUAUUGGCUUUGGUUUGUUUAUUGUAGUUCCAUUACCACAAGUUUGGGCCCAACAUGGCAUCGAAUAUUUCUGGCCAAUUUUAUAUAGAUUAAUGUUAAUGGGAUCACUUUAUAUAAUUGGUGCCGCAAUUUAUGCAACACGAUAUCCCGAAUGUUGUUGCAAACCGGGUAGACUCGAUAAUGGAUUUUCAAGUCACCCAAUCUGGCAUCUUUUUGUUGUAGCUGCAGCAGUUGUUCAAUAUACUAAUUGUCUAUAUGCAUAUAAUCAUUACUCCGAAGACUUGUGUAUUGCCAGUCUAAAUCCAAAUAUAUAA